AUGUCGCAAGACCUGCCCGCAGUAUCAACCCGGGUGCUGAAGGUUGGAAAGGACCAUCUGGGAGGUUUCAGGGAUGGCGAGCACGUAGGCAGCUGGGAGAUGACCACGCAAGCAAACCCCAGCAUGGCGGUUCUGAAAGAAGCCGCCGACUACCUCCGGACCAGGGACACGCCCGUGGGCUUCCCGACAGAAACCGUCUACGGGCUGGGCGCGGAUGCGACGAGGAGCGGCUCGGUAAAGGGCAUCUACGCCGCCAAGCGCAGGCCGCAGGAUAACCCGCUGAUCGUCCACGUCUCGGACCUGGAUAUGCUGAGGGACUUGCUCAGGCCGUCGUCUUCAUCACCGGCACCUAAUGGCAGUACCACGGCAAAUGGGCACUCGGAUGUCAUUCCAGAGAUCUACAAGCCCCUGAUCUCCAGGUUCUGGCCCGGUCCCCUGACGAUAUUACUCCCCAACCCGUCGCCCUCACCACUGGCCCCUGAAGUGACAGCCGGCCUACCUACUUUUGGCGCGCGCAUGCCCUCGUCGCCGCUGGCAUUAUCGCUCAUCAAGCUGACCGGGCGCCCCUUGGCGGCACCUUCUGCGAACGCGUCCACCCGGCCGUCAGCUACCACAGCUAGCGACGUACUGGAGGACAUGGAGGGGCGCAUCGAGAUGAUCCUGGAUGGCGGUUCAUGCCAGGUUGGUGUGGAGAGCACAGUUGUUGAUGGACUGUGCGAUCCACCGGUGGUUUUGCGGCCAGGCGGGGUCAGCUUGGAGGAUAUCAGGGCCUGCGCAGGCUGGGAAGGCGUCGAGAAGGCAUACAAGGAUCACAGUGAACAGGGCAAGAGCGCGCCGAGGGCGCCGGGGAUGAAGUAUAAGCACUACAGUCCCAGGGCACGCGUGGUGCUCUACGAAGCUACAUACGGAGCCGGGCAGGGGCGAAUUUCAGAAGAGGAUGUAGAUGUGAUAAGGGACAUGACGGGCCAGGUCGACAGUGUAUCAGAAAAGCGCACGAAAACCAUCGGCCUGGUCAGAACGCGGCAUUGGGGUCAGGGGGCGGGACUCAAAUGCGGACAUUUUCAGUCCAUAGCGGCAUCGGAGGCUGAAGCCGACCUCGAUGUGCACGAAGCUGACCUGUACGACUCUCAAGGGUCGGUCAGUGUCGGGACGGUCCUGGAUCUGAGCAUCGGACACGAUGCCAGGAGCGUGGCGCAGGGGCUGUUCGCGGCGUUAAGGGAGCUGGAUAGGAGAAAGCCAGACCUCAUCUUCGUCGAGGGCAUCCCGGACAAGGACGAUAUCGCGGCGGCCGUCAUGAACCGACUGCGCAAGGCAGCGUCGGAGAUCAGGUCAUAG